GCCACGCGCGGGAAAAUCGCGUUCCGGCGAAACUGAGAGGAUCGAGGUGUGACCUGCAAACGCGGUGAAUUCGGAAAAAGGGAAGACGGGAGGUACGGACUUGAUUGAUAAGGACCGCAUUGAAAAGAAAGGUCAGCUUCAUUCCUUUGGAGAGGAAGUGCCUUGGUGCCAGGGUACCAUCCCCAGGAGACAUACUUCUGCUGCUGAUAAAGGUGACACCCUUCCCCGUAUCAGAUCAUCCCCUGCGGAUGUACUGUUAAAAGAUGUAUAGCCCUGACCCCCCUGAGAUGUUUGCCAGGAAGUACUGUCAGCCAAGACACGUGUCUUCCUGGGGACUUGGGAUCAAGAGGAGGCUAAAGGCGGUGCCGCCAGUCUUGGCCAUGUUCAGACCACAAGUGGGACAGUGCUGCCACCAGUGCACACCCAAAAGCAGGGAUGUUAAGCUGCUGCAGAGAUCCCCCUCCUUGGGUUUCCAGAACCUGAUACACAUCAGUGAGAAGAACACCAGGUACCGUGGCUGGCUGGUGAGAAGGCUGUGCUGCGUGCUGCUUGUUGGCAGCCGCAAGGUGUAUUGCAACACUCCUGGGGACAGGGGGGACCGACUCUGCAAGAGCACUGGGGUGAAGAAGGUUCUCUCCUCCACAGACCCUCUGUCUGAUGAGGAAAACCAGCAGGGUCUGACUCUCAACACCAGGGAGCUGACCACCCACAUCCAUCCUCUCAUCAGCACCUGCAUCUCACCUCUGCUGCUCCGCAUCGCCAGCUGGGUACUACUAAAGCUCUUCAGAGGCCUUUUCUACAGCGUCCAGGUUAACCUGAACCAUGUGGCUGCCCUGCACAGAGUCACAGCACUGGGGCAUCCCCUGGUUUUCGUGUCGCAGCAGCAGCGUGGCCUCGAUUACAUGCUAAUAGCACUCGUGCUCUUCUGCCACAACCUGCAAGUGCCAUACACAGUCUGCCACCUUCGGCCGGGCAGCACCUGGAUCAGGUUGAUCCUUCAGCGCCUGGGUGUGAUAUUCCCUCCUCCCCAGGCAGAGCGGGAUGUGGACGACAGCGGCCUGCACGAAGCCAUCAUGACUUCCUUCAUUGGCGAGUUGCUGCGGGAGGGUCGGAGUGUGAGCUUUGGCCUGGCCGUGUCCAGCGGGCAAGGGGCACGCUGGCUGGCACGGAUACGAGAGGUAGUGAGAGAUGGCGCUGUGCCCGACGUCAGUCUGGUACCUGUGUCUGUUGCCUACGACCGCGCGCCCCAGCUCCACAUGCAGGCCCAGCAGGGUGUGCUCUCCUUGCUCUGCUCCCUUCUCUCUCUCUUGUGUGAAGGAGCCCAAGGAAGUGUCCGGAUCCACUUUGCCCACCCCUUCUCACUCAAGGAGAUGUGUGACACUGGAAAGUACCAUGUGGCUGGAGCACGCCCCCUACAGGAGGUUCUCAUCCCUGUAAUACUUGACAACAGGUUAGAUCAUUUAUUCAGGCAGAAGACCAUGUCCUGGAUGUUGCAUCCAUCCUUCUGCCCUGACCUGCCCCCAUCUGAGAGACAGCUCACCAUCUACCUCACUCAACAUCUCCUGUACUCCACUGCUUCCUGCACAGCUGUGAUGUCCACCGGCCUUGUGUCCUGUCUUUUGCUGCAUAAGCAUCCUAAGGGGCUGCACCUGUCCCGGCUCUCCCAAGAUCUCUACUGGCUCCUCAGGGAGGUGCUUUUCCGUAAACGGGAUGUGGGAUUCGGGGGCUCCCUUUCGGUGGUGCUGUACCACGCUCUGUCUGUACUGCAGCCCCACCUUGUCUUGGUUUCUCCGUCUGAUGUGAUGGACCCCUUCCUCGCCCCUCGAUCCUCCCCUGCUGAUGUCCUUGCCCUGGCUGGGCACUGUCAGUCCCUCACCCAUGUCUUCAUAAAAGAGGCUGUUGGAGCCUGCACCGUGUCGUCCAUGUUGCGAGAGGUGGCCUGCUGUGGCGGAAAGGGAGAGGUGGAGUUUGGUGUGGCAUUCUGCCAGGGGAAGCUGACAGAGACAGCCUUGAAGCUUUCCCACCUGCUGCCAGCUGGGUACAUUCCGCCGUGCACAUCAGCCCACAGCUUCGCCCUAGAUGCAGUGGACAGCCUGGUGCACUGCGGCAUCCUGGUCAAGGAGGAGCUGUUGCAGGACCAUUGUGUCUAUGACUUCUGGAGGAGACGGAAAGAUCUGCUGUGGCGCUCCAGCGAUGAUAUGGAUUACAGCGACUCAGACUGUGAGGAGCAGGAACUCUGCUGCUACAAGCUCAGUCAGCCUAGCCAGUGCACAGACCUGCUCUUUUUCCUGUGCAGUUUGCUAAGUGUCUACCUGAGGGCCCUGUCUUGGGCCAUUGAGUGGCUGGAUCUUCUGCGCAGCCCUCUCCCUGAGCCGGACAGCCAGGCACUCCUUCGCAGUUUCCUGCAGGACAGGGUCAUUCAGGGCCGGAGACAUUACGAGAGUUCUUCAGCAGACAUGGCAGAGGCAGCAGUGCGUACCUUUAUUGAUCUGGGGGUGCUGGAGAAGGUGGAAAGCGGGGACGGGGGUGUCCCGGUCCUGGGCCUGAGCCCCCUGUUCCAGCAGCAGGAGAGCAGGGAGAAGCUGGGCUCCUUCGUCCAGCAGUUCCUGCACACCUAGAACUCCCUUUCGCUGUGUCCAUGUUCCACCAAGAUGAUCUUCAGUGUCUAUUUUUGUGUUUGAUUUUUGCAACAACUUUCAUAUUUGAGAAGGUGAACCUUGAGUAUUUUCAUAUUCACUGUCUUUAGUUUUAGAGGCUUUUUUCAGGAUGUUCUCGUUUUCCGUUUGUAUUUGGAGUUGCUUUAAAUCAUUGUAUUUAAGGAACCACUGAAAAUCAGAAGAAAGUUUCUAUUUUUAACUGAAGGAGCAGUUAUUUUAUUUAGUAUAGUUUAAUUCGUGAAAUAAAUGUGAUGGUUGACCCCACAGACUGAAAGUGUGCAAGAAUUGAUUUGUAUAGUGAAUUGUUGACAUUUCUUUAAGUGAUUUCCC